CACCGAGCAGGAUGUCUGGGACCCUGAGAGGAUUGUGGUGUUCAAGGCAGCUGGGGGUGCAUAUUGGGGGACCCCCCCCCAUGUUGUGGCCCAUAGAGCCUUAGCCACUGAAGCCCCAACAGCGCUUGCCUGAGCCAUGGUACAACUGGUGUGGGACCACGGGCUGUGCAGGACAAGGGCCGGUUCCCCAGCAUGACGGAGACUCCAUGACAGACUGACAAUUACAACAGUUGAAUGCAGUUGGAUAAUCUACAAAUUUACAAUGAUGGAAAAAUCACUAUGAACACAGCUAUGGCUUUCCAAAUUGAAGGGAGAUGGAAGAGAAAUGAGAGGCUUGCUACUAUGGUUACAGAGGGAGAGAGAGAGAAAAAACUACAACAGUGGAACUCUGGGUCUUUUCGAAAUGAUGGAUUAAAAGCUGCUGAUGUCCUUCCAAUACUAAAGGAGAAAGUGGCCUUUGUGUCAGGUGGCCGUGAUAAACGAGGUGGUCCCAUCCUGACCUUUCCAGCACGCAGCAAUCAUGAUAGAAUAAGGCAGGAAGACCUUCGGAAACUUGUGACUUAUUUGGCCAGUGUGCCAAGUGAAGAUGUCUGUAAACGGGGAUUCACUGUUAUUAUCGAUAUGCGGGGAUCGAAGUGGGACUUGAUAAAGCCUCUUCUGAAGACCCUUCAGGAAGCAUUCCCUGCUGAGAUCCACGUUGCCCUGAUUAUCAAACCUGACAACUUCUGGCAGAAGCAGAAAACUAAUUUUGGCAGUUCCAAAUUCAUCUUUGAGACAAGUAUGGUCUCUGUUGAAGGCCUAGCAAAACUUGUGGAUCCUUCCCAGCUGACUGAUGAGUUUGAAGGAUCCUUGGAUUACAACCAUGAUGAAUGGAUAGAGCUGCGGGUCUCCUUGGAAGAGUUUUUCAACAGUGCCAUCCAUUUAUUAUCAAGGCUAGAGGACCUCCAGGAAAUGUUGGCUAGGAAGGAAUUUCCGGUUGAUGUAGAAGGGUCAAGAAGGCUGAUCGAUGAGCACACACAGCUUAAAAAGAAAGUGAUCAAAGCUCCCGUGGAGGAACUGGACCGUGAGGGCCAAAGGUUAUUACAAUGCAUAAGAUGCAGUGAUGGUUUUUCUGGUAGGAACUGCAUUCCUGGGAGUGCAGACUUCCAAAGUCUUGUGCCAAAGAUCACCAGUCUGUUGGACAAACUGCAUUCAACCAGGCAACACUUGCAUCAGAUGUGGCAUGUUCGCAAACUGAAACUAGACCAAUGCUUUCAACUCCGACUCUUUGAGCAAGAUGCUGAGAAGAUGUUUGACUGGAUCAGCCACAACAAAGAAUUGUUCCUGCAGAGUCAUACAGAGAUUGGAGUGAGCUACCAACAUGCCCUCGACUUGCAGACACAGCAUAAUCACUUUGCAAUGAAUUCCAUGAAUGCCUACGUCAACAUCAAUCGGAUCAUGUCGGUUGCAUCCAGGCUUUCAGAGGCAGGCCAUUACGCUUCCCAGCAAAUUAAACAAAUCUCUACCCAGCUGGAUCAAGAAUGGAAGAGCUUUGCUGCAGCUCUGGAUGAGCGCAGUACCAUCCUAGCCAUGUCUGCUGUAUUUCACCAGAAGGCUGAGCAGUUCCUUUCAGGUGUGGAUGCCUGGUGUAAAAUGUGUAGUGAAGGAGGCCUCCCAUCGGAAAUGCAAGACCUGGAGCUGGCCAUCCAUCAUCAUCAGUCUCUGUAUGAACAGGUGACCCAGGCCUACACAGAGGUAAGCCAGGAUGGGAAGGCUUUGCUGGAUGUCCUGCAGCGUCCCUUGAGCCCUGGAAACUCUGAAUCUCUUACUGCUACUGCUAAUUAUUCCAAGGCUGUCCACCAGGUCUUGGAUGUGGUACAUGAAGUCUUGCAUCACCAGCGGCGGCUAGAGAGCAUCUGGCAGCACAGAAAAGUCCGAUUACAUCAAAGGCUGCAGCUCUGUGUUUUCCAGCAGGAUGUUCAGCAGGUAUUGGACUGGAUCGAAAACCAUGGGGAAGCCUUUCUUAGUAAACACACUGGAGUGGGAAAGUCUCUGCACAGGGCACGAGCCCUUCAGAAAAGACAUGAUGAUUUUGAAGAAGUAGCACAGAAUACAUACACGAAUGCAGACAAGCUUUUAGAGGCUGCAGAGCAGUUGGCUCAGACUGGGGAAUGUGACCCUGAAGAGAUCUACAAAGCAGCCCGGCAUCUGGAAGUGCGGAUUCAGGACUUUGUCCGGAGAGUGGAACAGAGGAAACUUCUCUUGGACAUGUCUGUCUCCUUCCACACUCACACCAAAGAGCUGUGGACAUGGAUGGAAGAUCUGCAGAAGGAGCUCUUAGAGGAUGUCUGUGCUGACUCGGUGGAUGCGGUUCAGGAGCUUAUCAAGCAGUUCCAGCAGCAGCAAACAGCCACCCUGGAUGCUACCCUCAAUGUCAUUAAAGAAGGGGAAGAUCUAAUCCAACAGCUCAGGGACUCAGCGGUAUCCAACAAUAAGACUCCACACAAUAGCUCCAUCAGCCACAUUGAAUCUGUCCUUCAGCAGCUUGACGAGGCCCAGGUACAGAUGGAAGAGCUCUUCCAUGAGCGGAAAAUUAAGCUAGACAUCUUUCUUCAGCUCCGGAUUUUUGAACAGUACACCAUUGAGGUAACGGCAGAACUAGAUGCCUGGAAUGAAGAUUUGCUGAGACAAAUGAAUGAUUUCAAUACCGAGGACCUCACUCUGGCUGAGCAGCGCUUGCAGCGCCACACUGAACGGAAACUGGCCAUGAACAACAUGACCUUUGAGGUUAUCCAGCAAGGGCAAGAUUUACACCAGUACAUCAUGGAAGUCCAGGCUUCAGGCAUUGAACUAAUCUGCGAAAAGGACAUUGAUCUUGCGACACAAGUGCAAGAGCUGCUGGAGUUCCUUCAUGAGAAACAGCAUGAGCUAGAGCUUAACGCCGAUCAGACUCACAAACGGCUAGAGCAGUGCCUACAGCUCCGGCACCUACAGGCUGAGGUCAAGCAGGUGCUCGGCUGGAUUCGGAAUGGGGAAUCAAUGCUCAAUGCCAGCCUAGUCAACGCAAGCUCCCUUUCAGAAGCUGAGCAGCUCCAGCGAGAACAUGAGCAAUUCCAACUGGCCAUAGAGUCCCUCUUUCAUGCCACUUCCUUACAGAAGACACACCAGAGUGCUCUGCAGGUACAGCAAAAGGCUGAAGUAUUGCUACAGGCUGGGCACUACGAUGCUGAUGCCAUCCGGGAGUGUGCUGAAAAGGUGGCAUUACAUUGGCAACAGCUGAUGUUGAAGAUGGAGGACAGGCUCAAGCUGGUCAAUGCGUCAGUUGCUUUCUAUAAAACCUCUGAGCAGGUGUGCAGUGUGCUGGAGAGUCUGGAACAGGAGUACAGAAGGGAUGAAGAUUGGUGCGGAGGUCGGGAUAAACUUGGACCAGCAGCUGAGAUAGACCAUGUCAUCCCCCUUAUCAGCAAGCAUCUGGAACAGAAGGAGGCUUUUCUCAAGGCCUGCACAUUAGCACGAAGGAACGCUGAAGUAUUCCUCAAGUACAUUCACAGGAACAAUGUCAGCAUGCCUGGAGUAGCAAGCCAUACCAGGGGGCCUGAGCAGCAAGUGAAAGCCAUUCUGAGCGAGCUGCUGCAGAGAGAGAACCGGGUUCUUCACUUCUGGACUUUGAAGAAACGGAGAUUAGAUCAGUGCCAACAGUAUGUGGUCUUUGAGCGCAGUGCCAAACAGGCCUUAGACUGGAUCCAAGAAACAGGCGAAUAUUACCUCUCUACUCACAAUUCCACAGGGGAAUCAGCAGAAGAAACUCAGGAACUCCUGAAAGAAUAUGGGGAAUUCAGAGUACCCGCCAAGCAAACCAAGGAGAAAGUGAAGCUUCUCAUACAGCUGGCUGACAGCUUUAUAGAAAAAGGACAUAUACAUGCUGCUGAAAUUAGGAAAUGGGUCACCACUGUUGACAAACGCUAUCGGGACUUCUCUCUGAGGAUGGGGAAAUACCGCUACUCACUGGAAAAAGCCCUUGGAAUCAAUACAGAGGAUAACAAGGACCUGGAACUGGACAUCAUUCCAGCGAGUCUUUCAGACCGGGAGGUGAAGCUGCGAGAUGCAAAUCACGAAGUUAAUGAAGAAAAAAGGAAAUCAGCCAGAAAGAAAGAAUUCAUUAUGGCUGAACUGCUUCAGACUGAAAAAGCUUAUGUCAGAGACUUACAUGAAUGUUUAGAGACCUACCUUUGGGAAAUGACAAGUGGAGUGGAGGAGAUACCCCCUGGGAUUCUUAAUAAAGAACAUAUCAUCUUUGGCAAUAUUCAGGAGAUUUAUGACUUCCAUAACAACAUUUUCCUGAAAGAACUAGAGAAAUAUGAACAACUGCCUGAAGACGUGGGUCACUGCUUUGUCACCUGGGCAGAUAAAUUUCAGAUAUAUGUCACCUACUGCAAAAACAAGCCAGAUUCCAGCCAGCUCAUCCUGGAACAUGCAGGGACUUUCUUUGAUGAAAUUCAACAAAGGCAUGGCCUGGCCAACUCUAUCUCCUCCUAUUUAAUCAAGCCUGUCCAGAGGAUCACCAAAUACCAGCUUUUACUGAAGGAACUCUUAACCUGUUGUGAAGAAGGCAAAGGAGAACUCAAAGAUGGCCUGGAAGUGAUGCUCAGUGUCCCCAAGAAAGCCAACGAUGCCAUGCACGUCAGCAUGCUGGAAGGCUUUGAUGAAAACCUGGAUGUUCAGGGAGAGCUCAUCCUUCAGGAUUCCUUUCAAGUGUGGGAUCCCAAGUCUCUCAUUCGGAAAGGCCGCGAGAGACACUUGUUUCUCUUUGAAAUCUCUUUGGUUUUUAGCAAAGAGAUCAAAGAUUCUUCAGGACACACUAAAUAUGUUUACAAGAACAAACUACUGACCUCAGAACUGGGAGUGACAGAGCACGUCGAGGGAGAUCCCUGUAAGUUUGCCUUGUGGUCCGGACGGACACCAUCCUCAGACAACAAAACAGUGCUGAAAGCAUCCAGUAUUGAAACAAAACAGGAAUGGAUCAAAAAUAUCCGGGAAGUCAUUCAGGAGAGGAUUAUCCAUUUGAAAGGAGCUUUGAAGGAGCCAAUCCAGCUCCCCAAGACACCAGCAAAGCAGAGAAAUAACAGUAAAAGAGAUGGAGUAGAUGAUGCAGACAGCCAAGGAGAUGGGAGCAGUCAGCCAGAUACCAUUUCCAUUGCAUCCAGGACCUCACAGAACACAGUGGACAGUGACAAGUUGUCUGGAGGGUGUGAACUAACCGUGGUGCUACAAGACUUCACAGCCAGCCACAGCAGCGAGCUGAGUAUCCAGGUGGGACAGACAGUGGAGUUACUGGAGAGGCCCAGUGAAAGGCCUGGCUGGUGUUUGGUACGGACAACUGAGCGGAGCCCCCCUCAGGAAGGCCUAGUCCCCAGCAGCACUCUCUGCAUCUCCCAUUCCCGGAGCAGUGUGGAGAUGGAUUGCUUCUUCCCUUCAGGAAAAGAUGCAUAUUCAGUCUCUUCCAAUGAAAAUGGAGGCAAGUCAGAAUCGGUGGCCAACUUGCAGCCUCAGUCAUCCCUUAACUCAAUCCAGAGCUCUCCUGGCCCAAAGCGUUCAACCAACACACUGAAAAAAUGGCUGACCAGUCCUGUGCGUCGGCUGAACAGUGGGAAGGCUGAGAGUAACAUCAAAAAACAGAAGAAAGUGCGAGAUGGCAGGAAGAGCUUUGACCUGGGUUCACCGAAGCCUGGAGAUGAGACCACUCCUCAAGGGGACAGUGCAGAUGAAAAGAGUAAGAAGGGCUGGGGAGAAGAUGAGCCAGAUGAAGAAUCCCACACGCCGCUUCCUCCUCCUAUGAAGAUUUUUGACAAUGACCCCACGCAGGAUGAGAUGUCCUCCUCUUUGCUAGCUGCUCGUCAGAGCUCCUCUGAUGUCCCAACUGCUGCGGAUCUUGUCAGUGCAAUAGAAAAGUUGGUCAAAAGUAAGCUGACCCUAGAAGGAGGAACUUAUCGAGGAAGCUUAAAAGAUGGCACUGGGUGUUUAAAUGAAGGGAUGACGCCUUCAACUCCCCCAAGAAACCUUGAAGAGGAACAAAAAGCCAAAGCAAUGAGAGGCAGGAUGUUUGUCUUAAAUGAGCUGGUGCAGACUGAGAAGGACUAUGUCAAAGACUUGGGAAUUGUGGUAGAGGGCUUCAUGAAGAGAAUAGAAGAAAAAGGGGUUACUGAAGAUAUGAAAGGAAAAGACAAGAUUGUAUUUGGCAAUAUCCACCAGAUUUAUGACUGGCACAAGGAUUUUUUCCUAGCUGAACUGGAAAAAUGUCUCCAGGAACAUGACCGUUUAGCACAGCUUUUUAUCAAACAUGAGAGGAGAUUACACAUGUAUGUGGUGUACUGUCAAAACAAACCACGAUCAGAAUACGUAGUAGCUGAAUAUGAUGCAUACUUUGAGGAGGUACAACAAGAAAUAAACCAACGGUUAACCCUCAGUGACUUUUUAAUCAAACCUAUUCAAAGAAUAACCAAGUACCAGCUUCUACUCAAGGAUUUCCUGAGAUACAGUGAGAAAGCUGGGCUGGAAUGUUCUGAUAUAGAGAAAGCAGUUGAAUUAAUGUGCCUUGUACCAAAACGUUGCAAUGAUAUGAUGAACCUGGGCCGCCUUCAGGGCUUUGAGGGCAAGCUGACUGCUCAAGGAAAGCUGCUGCAGCAGGAUACGUUCUAUGUAACUGAGCAGGAUUCUGGAGGGCUGUCUCGGCCAAAGGAGCGCAGGGUCUUCCUCUUUGAGCAAAUAGUCAUCUUUAGUGAACUUCUUAGGAAAGGCUCUUUAACACCGGGCUACAUGUUUAAGAGAAGUAUAAAGAUGAACUAUCUAAUCCUUGAAGAAAUAGUGGAUGAUGAUCCCUGUAAAUUUGCUCUUAUGAGCCGGGAAACUUCAGAACGAGUCAUUUUACAGGCUGCCAAUCCUGAAAUUCAGCAAGCUUGGAUACAGGACAUCAAUCAGGUUCUGGACACACAGAGAGACUUCCUAAAUGCACUACAGUCGCCCAUAGAGUAUCAACGCAAAGAGAGUACCUCUGCUGUAAUGAGGCCACAAGCUAGUAGGGUGUCUCAGCCCAACAGCAGACCCUAUUCUUCUGUUCCAGUAGGGCCUGAGAAGCCUUCAAAGGCUACAAGCCGUAACCCAUCUCUGCCACCCCUGAAGAUAUCUACCUCCAAUGGCAGUGCAGGGUAUGAACACCACCAGCCUGGGGACAAAUACGAACAAAGCAAGAGUGACUUGGGAGGGUGCAAUGGGACCUCUUCCAUGGUGGUAAUCAAAGAUUACUAUGCACUGAAGGAGAAUGAGAUCUGCGUGAAUCAGGGCGAGGUGGUUCAGAUCCUUGCCAUCAACCAGCAAAAUAUGUUCCUGGUGUACCAGCCUGCGAAUGACCACUCCCCGGCCGCUGAAGGAUGGAUUCCAGGCAAUAUCUUGGCUCCCCUCACUAAAUCCACUACAGAUAAUAGCGACGGAAGCAUCAAGUAAGUGCCAUGUUGGCUUCCCUGGGAGCAGUGUAUGGAUUUUUGAGGAAAAAAACAAAAAAAAAAUGGUAGGGAAUUCCUGCUGGUUUUUUUUUUUUUUUUAAAUCUACGGUGCCAUUGGAACAAACUUUGAAUGCUCAAUCCACAGCAUGGGGCAUCCAUGUUGGAUAGUUCGGGUUUUGGUUAUUUUUGUUUGUGGUUUUUUGUUUAUACUUUGUAAAGAAUUUUAAAACCAUAGACAGUUUAAAGGCAUGUUUUACGUUGAUCCAUUUUACACCAACAUGGACCUGAUUGGACUGGACUUGUAUUUAUGUUGUAUUAAGUUACUAAUAUAUAUAGAGAGGUUAUAACAGCUUCUAGCAAAAAUUCAGGCCUUGUGUUGGACUGAGGCCUGCUUCUCAAGGAGGAGAGAUUUUGUUGUCUAUGGCAAUUUCUUUGUACAGCUUGUAUCUUUUAUUUUGACAUUUUUCUGUUCACGGUAACUUUUGUAAAAUAUUUUUUGUUGGCAAGACCCCCUUCUAAGUACAUUCCUGUAUAAAGUAUUUUGCACUAUUUAAAGAAACCCAUAUUGAUGAAGUCAGGUUGUGCAAUAUAAUGGAUAGUCGCAAUGUUCAUCAUUGUACCUGUAAUGUAACUAAUAAUUUUAAAUGUACUAUUUUAAAUAUGUAAAAUAAAUUUUCACCAUGAGCAUGUUUUAAUGAGGUUAAAAAGGACUAGUUUGACCCUUUUUGUUUUCUUUUUGUUAUAAUGUUUUGUUGCUUAUUUAACAAAUGUGUGGAUAUUUUUUUCUGAUUUUUAGAAAUUUGUCAAUCUGAAAUGACUAAAUGCAAGAAAGUGGUUUUUUGGUAUUAAAUACAGAAGGUACAA